GAUGCCUUCAGCAGCUAGUAUGAAGAAUACUUUUACAAAGAGACUUGCUUUCUUUUUAGCUUUUUAAACUUAAAUGCUUAAACAGAAAUUCAAUUUGCAUCAGUUAACAACUGGAUAUUCAUCAAUAGGCAUUUGACUAAAUUUCCUAGGUAGUGUUGUCCAUACUUACAAAUGUGUGUAUUUAAAUGCUCAUUAGCAGCACAUUAAGCAUUAAAAUAUUGCAAAGUUCCAUAUGUUUGCUAGCUUUCAAAAAAAAAAAAAACACAAAGCAAAAAACAGCUUGUUAGCUCACGUGGUAUGUGAUUUGUGUAGUUUGAUGUUCCAGAAUCAUUUUAGUUUAAAGUUGGGUUGUUAAAAUUUGUUCUGUUUUUUGUUUAAAUGUUACUAUUUUACAGGUGAUCUUUGCGACGGGAGCUCUAUUUAAUGCUUUUUGGCUAAUGGAAGCUGGCAGAUUUGUAUUUGGAAUUGGUGGGGAAUCCUUAGCAGUAGCACAAAAUGCCUAUGCUGUCAGUUGGUUUAAAGGCAAGGAAUUAAACCUCGUGUUUGGAUUACAACUUAGCAUGGCCAGAAUUGGGAGCACUGUGAAUAUGAAUAUCAUGGGAUGGAUAUACUCCAGAGUUCAAGAUCUGUUGGGCUCUACAGGUCACAGUACACUUGGAUUUACACUCAUGAUAGGUGGUGUAACAUGUAUCUUUUCACUAAUCUGUGCACUAAUUCUCGCUUAUCUGGACAAGAGAGCAGAAAAAAUCCUUUGUAAAGAGCAAGGAAAAACUGGUGAAGUGAUUAAAUUAACUGAUGUGAAAGACUUCUCGUUGUCCUUGUGGCUCAUAUUUAUAAUCUGUGUUUGUUAUUAUGCGGCUGUGUUUCCUUUCAUUGGACUUGGGAAGGUUUUCUUCAUUGAGAAAUUCAAAUUUUCUUCUCAAGAAGCAAGUGCAAUUAACAGCAUUGUAUAUAUCAUAUCAGCACCCAUGUCCCCUGUCUUUGGAUUCCUGGUGGAUAAACUUGGAAGAAAUAUUAUCUGGGUUAUGUUUGCUGUAGUGGCAACCCUUGCUUCUCACGUUAUGUUGGCCUUUACUUUCUGGAACCCUUGGAUUGCUAUGUGUAUGUUAGGAGUAGCCUAUUCACUGCUUGCCUGUGCUUUGUGGCCAAUGGUAGCAUUUGUUGUUCCGGAACAUCAGCUGGGAACUGCUUAUGGCUUUAUGCAGUCUAUCCAAAAUCUGGGUCUGGCAAUUAUUGCCAUAGCAGCUGGUACGAUACUGGAUUCUCGAGGGUAUCUGUUUCUAGAAGUCUUCUUCAGUGCUUGUAUUUGCUUGUCACUAAUAGCUGUAGUCAUGCUGUAUUUUGUGAAUCACCUCACUGGAGGUGAUCUUAACUGGUCUGCAAAGAAAAGGGAAAAACUGCAAAAGCUAGCUGCAGCUGAUGCAAUGGACAUUGAAAAGUCUCCUUCUAGUUAUUAGAAGAAAAAUUGCCUCCUGUCAAGACACUGGAUUUAUUUCAAGUUUAUUUUUACUGUCACUGACAUCUGAGUUUCAUGGAAGGUAACUUCCCUAACUUAAGGAUUUCGACUGAAGAAAAGAAAUUUGAAUAGCAAAUAUCAUCCAGAAGUGGGGAGCAUUUGAUCAGCAACUUAUCAGCUUGAAGAAUUUAUAGUGUAUUUAGAGCUCGAUGCUUAGCACUGGACAAUACAGUUGAUUGGAAAACAUACUAACAUGCCGAGGAUUUUACAGUAAACUAUUUUAUGAUGACACUUAUGCUUUGUAACAAUUUUUAAUAGCUACCAAACAUUCAUCUUUCUCAGAGCGGUUGCACUGUGUUGGGUCAUAGCAUUUUAAACUGAACUGAAGUUUCAUGUAAUUGCAAAAUGUUUCCUUUUCAACCUGAAGCAAACAUUCUUGCAGUAUAAACUAGAUCACGUAUCUCACUUACAGGAGCAGCACUUAAAUAGUGUCUCUUUGGUUGGUGUCAAGAAUUUUUGCCUAAUAAUGGUUUUAAGCAAUUAUUUGACUUGUAUUUUGUGUACUGAAAAGAUCAUUGCCUUCCAAAACUUGUUAACAGGUCUCUGUUAAUGUGGCUUUUGUCACAUUCUUCAUGCAAAACACAAUCACAUGUAGCAGUAAAACACAGUUCAGUCUUCCAAGACUUUUUUACUCUUUACAGAAAGGGCUCAAGUUGAAAAUAAGUGGGAGUGGGGAGCUGUCUCUAACAAGUACUGUAUGGCCAAAUACUGGUUCUUUAAUCUGUGAUAAAACCAAAUCCUGAUUGCUAUUAACUCUGUAAGACUGCUGAGCAGUCUCUUUAGUAAGGUUGUUUGUCACUUCUUUUUUUUUUUUUGUGCUAUAAUCUUAAUAUAUUUUAAGGGAUCAAAUCUUGUUUAACUGAUAAAGGCAUAGUCUGAAUUUUGUUUAAAAAAUGAGUCAGCAUGUUGUAACUUUCCAAUAAAGUUCUAAAUGCUAAAUAAAAAAAUUGCAGUAAAUAGUCUGUUUUUCUUGAAUAUCUAAUUAGUGUGGCUUGCCAAAUGUUUGUCUCUUAGCUUUUUGUUAACCUGCAGUUUUACACCUGUAAACGUUAUAAACUGUUAGUUACUAGAAGUAAAAUUAACAAUCAGAUUAACAGAGAUUCUGGUUUGCGCAUCACUUAAUUUAAUCCAUUUUGUUUUACAGAGCAGAAAAACAAGAGAAACUCAGACGUGAAAACGAAGAUGACUUGGCCAAAUUACAGCCAAAGAAUGACUUUAGUUUAAGGAAUAGGUAUCUCUCCAAACUAGGAGCUCAGCUGCCCGAUAAUUACGCCUCCUACUUACCUGCAUUGGCACACAGAAGUGUGCUGAAAUAGCAUCACUCUGCACAAGUUUGUCAAGAGAUGGAAGUGCUCUGAAGUUUAUGCAGACAGAAACUUGAUCUUACUAGUCAAGAACUACACAUAGAACAAAAGCAGAAUAAUGCACCAUGUUCUAUAUUUGAAUCCACAUGCUGUCAUCAGCAACCACCUUACCUUUAAAAAUGUAGUGUCAAUAAGUGGCUCCUGUGGUAAUGUGAAACAUUAGUUCAGGUUUGAAGCAUUAGGUGAGGUUUGGCUUCUGUGUGCCAUACAAAACCAAAUCUGAAACUUUAAAGCCUUGGGAAACAAUAGCCUGUUAGCCAUUCUACAUAUUCUUGAUGUAGGCAUUAGUCCGGUCAUACUACAUUUUAUGCUGGACGUCCUUGUUAACUUCCUGCAAUAAUUCAGUUUUACUUACAUUUUCCGUAGUGAAAGAAACAGUAGAAAUAGGACUGCCUUUUUAAGUUCUGUCAAAUUGAGAUUUUUACAAAAACUUGGCUGUUUUAUUUAUUUAAAAAAAACAAAACACAGUAUAUUCAUUAAAGCCAGACUUGGAAGUUGCACUAGUACAUGGUGAUGGUGUUAAUGAAAGCUGAGCUAUUUUCCUGUGGAAAUGACACUUGAUACAGUUUUUAUAACUAUCAAAUUGUUAACUGUAAUGUGUAACUUUCAAUCAGCGUAAUAUUUAUACAAAUGUAGUGUGGAGUAUCUACUACUUUUAAUAUUAUCUGCAAUGAGAAAAAUGGCUUUAGGACCAACUUUAUCCCAAAGAUGUGUGGGCUCCCAUGCUUGCAAUGUAAGCAGAACUGGACCCUAAAAUCUCAUACAACAUGUAUAUUUCUUGCUAAGUGGAUAGUAGAAAACUAAAAAAGUAGACUAACUUUGACUGAAUUUUCAGUCUUUUAAAGUGUGGUCUUAAUCUGAGCUAAAUUAUUAUACUCUGACCUUUAUUGCUUAAAAUUUGUCUUAACUGCACAGGGAAGCCAGUAUUUUUUUCUAAUAGCUUGUUACCCUAACAGUUGUAUUAAUUUAAUAAAUCAGAAGUAACUUGAGGAAUGUUGACAUUUAUAUCUGGAACUUUUGGUUCUAUUAAGAAUUUUGUAUAUGCAAAUAUACUCCUUUUUGAAGUGAGUUACUUUUCUAUGACUUUUUCAGUAUUCUACAAACUUUAUCAAAGAUAGUAUUAUGAAUUGUGUAGAACUGCCAUAGUCUGGCCUCAUGAAAUCUAUCCAGGAAGAUAGUAUAAAACUUGGUGCUUUUAUGUGUUACUGUUGAAGAUUGCAUUUACACAUGGUAGUGCUAAACCUUUUUGUUUGGUUUUUUUACUAUGCUAUCUUCAGGAAGAAAGCAGCAUAAACUAUCCAUGGAUGGAUUAUGUACAGUUGAUUUGU